ACGUCCGUUUCCGGUUCACGACACGCGCUCCGAGCGGCUCUGCGGGCCUUCCGCCGGUAAGCGUCCCUCGUCGACCCUCGCGAAUUCCGUUUUUCCUUCAUUCCGGGCACUUUUGUACUGUCGCCCCGUUCACUUUGGAUCAUGUUCAAGAAAUUUGAUGAAAAAGAAAACGUGUCCAACUGCAUCCAGUUGAAAACGUCAGUUAUUAAGGGUAUUAAGAACCAGUUGACAGAGCAGUUUCCACGCAUUGAACCAUGGCUUAAUCAAAUCAUGCCUAAGAAAGAUCCAGUCAAAAUAGUCCGAUGCCACGAACAUAUAGAAAUCCUUACAGUAAAUGGAGAGUUACUAUUUUUCAGACAAAGAGAAGGGCCUUUUUACCCAACUCUAAGGCUGCUUCACAAAUACCCUUUUAUCCUGCCACGCCAGCAAGUUGAUAAAGGAGCCAUCAAAUUUGUACUCAGUGGAGCAAAUAUCAUGUGUCCAGGCUUAACUUCUCCCGGAGCCAAGCUUUACCCUGCUGCAGUGGAUUCGAUUGUUGCGAUCAUGGCAGAAGGAAAACAGCAUGCUCUGUGUGUUGGAGUCAUGAAGAUGUCUGCAGAAGAUAUUGAGAAGGUCAACAAAGGGAUUGGCAUUGAAAAUAUCCAUUAUUUAAAUGAUGGGCUGUGGCAUAUGAAGACAUAUAAAUGAGCCUCAAAAGGAAUACGCUCGGGCUAAAUAUGCACAUUGUGCUGUGUCUGUGUCUGUCUGUGUAGCAGCAUGAAGACAAUACCUCUUUGGUUAUGCUGAAUAAAUUCAACAGAAGCUAAAAAGAAAAGUAAAGAUU